GCGCCCGCUGCUCUCCUUCUUCUCAACGCCGGUCUCGCAAACACAAUAGCAAAGAUGUCAAAGGCUUCGCAACCAGAACUUAAAAAAUUUAUGGACAAGAAAUUGUUCGUCCACCUGCAGGGAGGCCGUAGAGUUAGCGGUACACUGCGUGGCUAUGAUCUUUUUUUGAAUCUCGUCAUUGACGAUGCUCUGGAGGAAACCACACCCGCUCAAAAGCACCCAAUUGGAACUGUGGUGAUUCGUGGUAACAGUGUAACAUCAAUGGAGAUUCUUGAAGCUGUACGAUAGGAUUCAAGUUGACGAACGAAUAUUGGUGGAUGUCUUUUUUAGAUCGAGAAACGAUAUUGUAUGAAUGGAGCUAAAAGAUGCUAUCGUUAUGAAUCAGUCUAUCUUCAAAAUCACGAUCUGCAGCAAAGUCCAGUCAGCCACGUUCAUGCACAGUCUUAGUAGAGAUGAUGUGUUCUUACCUUUGCUGUCCCACUACUGUCGCCUUGCGUAGAUCUGAGGCAUAUAGAUGACAUUACAACUACAUGUCUUGCACAUUUUACAGCACUAGUUUUUUUUGUCAAAAGUUUAAAAGGAUCACUCGCAACAUUACCAGAUAGUAAUGAGGAUAGAUUAUCAGAUUC